AUGGCGCUCUUUACGGCGCAGCUUCAUCCCGGCAGGGCCCUUGGAUUCUUCAUCCUUGGCGCGUCCGUCCACGAUGUCUUGACUCGGGUCAAGGCAGAGCCGCAAGCGUUCCCGAAACUCGAAGUCCUCUACUCCAAAGAUCAGCCCGUCACCGAACAAGUAUGCGUCGUGCUACCACAGAAUGGCAUCAGGCUGCGGUUCGACGGUCCUGAGCAGCGCCUUCGACUGAUCGAGGUGAUCGAUUUCACAAAGAGUCACAUCACCUUUAAAGAUCGAGACCUGGUACGGCCAGCUGGCGCUACUGCUCCCGAAGUACCUGGAGAGUCAUCGGCAGGGCCGACUUUCAGACACAUAUAUCAUCGACUGCUGGGCCCAACGUACGCGGGCGAGUUUAUACCCCCGGCGGGCUCUCAGGGCAACGGAAUAUACGUGCUAUCAUACCCUGGCGUGGCUUUCAACUUCUCGGUGCCUACAUCAGUAUACUCGGCAGACAAAGAUGUUGUCUCAUUACUUUCUGCCUCGUCGUCUCAAAUUGCAACUUCCAUGGCGAUAUUUAGCGGGAAUUCUUGGGCGGAAGUACGGCCAACGCUUUGGACGGAGGUGCUGCCUAGCGUCAAGCUGACUUCGAUGCUACCUCGAGGAAAAGACGUUUACCCUGAUGAAGUGUCUUUGGUACGACUACAUGGUGGAGGCAAGAUACAGCUAUUUCGAAAAUGGACCACCAGUUCUUUUUGGGUUAUUCUUGGAGAGACAACGCCGCAGGAUCUGGUGGCAGAACUUGGGCCGCCGAAUGCGAUAUAUCGCAAGAAUGAUCAGAAAAUGGUCAUCCACAAGAUGCGAGCUGCCAGUAAUACACAUGGACGCCCUAGUAUGAAGGACCUAGGGCGACCGGACGAGUCAACGGACACAGAUCAGUCAUCAAUGCACACCGGGUCUGAUGAAUCAGAGAAUGAAGCCGCGGUUGAGGAAGAUGGAGGAAGCAAUGCGUCAGGAGAGUGUUUCUACAAUUAUUUCUAUUUUGGCUUUGACAUACUCAUGUCUACGCCUGUUCCCCCCUCCAGCCUACCCCCCGGCGAGACGAAGGUGCCAGACGAUAUUGGGAAUGGAAUCAAGACUCAUGCUCCUGAUCGGCUAGUCGCGACAAAGUUGGUGCUCCAUGGUAACAUACCCGGCUCAUACGAGUUCAACCGCCACCGCCGAUGUCGAUGGGAGAUUAGCUACCUGGAUGACCUGUCUAGCGAUGCCGGCCCCGUCAACUCGGAGAUGGAAUUCAAGACGAUUGAGAAUCUUAUGAGCAGAAAAUGGGAGGGGGUCUAUCCCACGGACAAGACUCAGCCACGACAAGGGGGUAUGGUCCUGAACCGCGGCUGGGGAGACAGCCCAGGCAGCAGCUGCGAGUUUCUCGGCGGUUGGGAGGAAAGCGGGGCGAGAAGACCAGAGGCGAAUGGCGAUUCUACGACUACGCUGUAUGGAUUUCCAGGGAUGGUGUUUGAGGUCUUGAAGAAUGAUUAUGUUAAUACAUUGACGGUGUUUUGA